UACUCCAAUUACUUUUUACAUCCGGGUUGCACGGUCUCAGCAGUUCAUUUAUCAAGCUAAUGUGAGUUAGCCGCCUUGUUGUUGCCGUCAUUAGUUCAUCUAAGAAGAAACGGGGGCUCUGUCGCCGCGAAACUUGAAUACAACUGCUAAGGCCACAAUGCAUGAAUAAUGAUAAUGACACAGCAGACAAGGGAUGUGGAUGGGAAACUCCCUGCUAAUAGCUAACUGCAAUUACAAGUCAUCCUUUGGCAACUCCCUGGAGUGGCGCAACUGUUGCCAUUUCACCACAUAAUCCAUCAUGUCACUACCAAAAGAAUCAGGGAACCGAGGGAAGGAUCGAGAGAGGGGGGCCCGUCCCAAGGUGAGGCAGAGCCGGUCAGAAGAAAGACGAGAUACAGGCGGCGGACGGAAAGUUGGGAAGGGGAAGAAAAAAGGCCUCGCCUCCCAUGAACCAGCAGCUGAGCGGCCCGUCAGUGACGGCUUUGAGUAUGGUGAGCUGUUAAGUGACUUAGAGAACAGGGACCAAUCUUCCUCCUCUCCUCUCAAGGACAGCUGGCGAUGGCAGGGUUUGGAAGUCGCCGCCUCUUUGCUAGGACAAGAACGGGUAACGGCCAGGCCAGGACUGGGAACAGUCAGCUCUGUCAGCGAGUUACCUGCGCAGAGUGAAGGUGACAGCAGAGGAUCAAGCAGCAGUCGCACUCUCCGGCAAAAAAUCCAAGAUGCUAUGGGGCAGUGUUUCCCAAUAAAGACACACAGUGCAGCAGCAGCACCAGCACCACCUCCACAGGCUCUUUCGACAUCAGCCACCUGUGCCUCCUCAAGGCGUAAGAUCCAUCUGAGUGAGUUGAUGUUGGAUGACUGCCCUUUCCCCGUAGGAUCAGAGCUGGCUCAGAAGUGGUAUCUUAUUAAGCAACACACAGCCCCCAUCACCCAGCCUCCCAUGCUUGAUUCCACAGUAGUAUGCAGCGCCCCAACUUCAACCAUGGCUACUGUGGUGGAGGACGUAGAUGACAGGUUGCGAGAGCGCAGGCGCAUUAGCAUUGAACAAGGUGUUGAGCCACCACCCAAUGCGGAGAUCCACACAUUUGAGGUGACGGCCCAAAUUAACCCCCUCUACAAGCACGGCCCUAAGCUGGCUCAUGGUAUGAAUGAGUUAGCCGGAGCUGACAGAGCCUCCACUCAUCAGCAGCAGCAGCUUCUUCUCCAAAGACAGCAGCAGCACCAGCUUCUGCUGCAGAGCUGUUUGGACACUCUGGAUGAGGUGGUGGCCUCAGCCUCAGCCUCAGCCUCAGCCUCAGCGUCAGCCUCAGCGUCAGCGUCAGCCUCUGUCCACACCUGUGAUACUAUCUCUGACCCUCUGGUAGACCCAGAGGUUACAGCGACCAACAUGCCCUCUAGAGCCAUACUUCCGCAGACUGAGCAUCACAAAUCUCACGAUGGCUACCGCAUUCACACUCAGAUUGAUUACAUUCACUGUUUAGUUCCAGACCUGCUGCAGAUCACCAACCUCCCAUGUUACUGGGGGGUCAUGGACCGCUACGAGGCAGAGACACUGCUGGAGGGAAAGCCCGAAGGCACCUUCCUCCUGCGCGACUCCGCCCAGGAAGAGUACCUCUUCUCUGUUAGCUUCCGCCGCUACGGCCGCUCGCUACACGCGCGUAUUGAACAGUGGAACCACAAUUUUAGCUUUGAUGUGCACGACCCCAGCGUCUUCCACGCUUCCACAGUUACGGGAUUGCUGGAGCACUACAAGGACCCCAACUCCUGCAUGUUCUUCGAGCCCCUGCUGUCCAAUCCCAUCCACCGCACACAGCCCUUCAGCCUGCAGCACAUCUGCCGAGCGGUCAUAAGCAGCUGCACCACCUACGAUGGCAUUAAUAUGCUUCCCAUUCCAAAUGCUUUGAAAAAGCACCUGAAAGAAUACCACUAUAAGCAGAGAGUACGUGUACGGCGAAUGGAUACCUGGUGGGAAUGAAGAACAACAAAAAAAUUUUGACUAACAGACACUACUUAAUACAUUUUUAACGCAAGUCUCUCCUAACUGAACUGAACAACGAGUCUUGUUCUUCACUCUAUCUGGCUGUAUUAACCUACACUGCACUGUACUUAUUUAUUUUAUUCCUGCUGUACAUGUCUUAACAAUUGUACUGAGCUACACUGAUGAGACAAUAUGUAAUCUGACUGAUCUUGCACACUCCAAGUUCUUUAUGCUCAAAUUAAACAAACAUAUUUAGAUAA